AUGAGACGGAUGUCAGAUUACCAACCAUUGAGAGAGGAAAGGGCGUUCCUCCAAAAAAAAAGCAAGCGGGUCUUGCCCGCAUUGGUCGUUGCGAUUGGUGCGAUUAUAGGGUUAGCUUCGCUCACGGUCUACAAAUUUAGUUACACAGGGGAUAAAAAGGAUAUUUGCACAGAGUGUGGCAUAUAUGGGCCCUUGAAACCCGCUUUCACAAACUCGCUGGACGAAAUUAUGUAUGAUUCGGAAUACAAACGAGGCGUCAUCGAUAAACUCGCAGGAGCGAUCCAAAUUCCGACAGAAAUAUUUGAUGAUACACCUAAACCUUCUCCAGACUUGGCUGUUUGGAAGAACUUCCAAAAUCUGCAUAUUUACCUCGAAGAGCAAUUUCCUUUACUUUACAAGACUUUAGACGUCGAAAAUGCGGGAGGAUACGGACUUCUCUAUACCUGGAAAGGCUCAAACUCUAGUCUCAAACCAUUGGUAUUGAUGGCGCAUCAAGACGUUGUACCCGUUGACCCCAAUACAGUCGGCUCCUGGACUCACCCACCAUUCAGCGGCUUUUAUAAUGAUACCGAGGAUUUAAUAUAUGGGCGCGGUACUGCUGACAUCAAAGAUAUGGUAAUAUCUCAUCUGGAGGCAAGUGAAAAAUUAAUCAAGGAUGGGUUCAAGCCAAAGCGAACGAUUUUGAUUUCGCUAGGAUGCGAUGAGGAGGCUUCGGGAGCAUGCGCCACCGACCUUGCAAAGCAUAUCGAGAAAAGGUAUGGGCGUGACAGCAUUUAUGCUAUUUUAGACGAGGGUGGGGGCGUGGUGGAAAGAAACGGAUCCUUUUUUGCCGUGCCAGUAACUGCGGAGAAGGGUUACCUAGAUGCUGAAAUUACUUUGUUCGCGCCUGGAGGUCAUUCCUCGGUACCUCCAGAUCAUACAUCUAUCGGUAUUCUAAGCAAGUUGAUGGCUUCUUUGGAGAAUGACACUUACCAAAUUUUGGUCAAUGAGACGAACCCCGCUUUCGAUACCCUUAAGUGCUUUACAAAGUUUGGCGCAAUCCAAGACAAGAAUAUCGAAAAGCACUUGAUUGAGGGCUCCAUAGAAAAGCUCGAAGCAACGCUAGAUUACAAACCAGAGUUUAAGUACUUGUUCAAGACUUCUCAAGCCCUAGAUGUUAUAUCCGGAGGCGUCAAGGCCAAUGCGCUUCCCGAAUCUGCAACAGUACUUGUUAACAAUAGGAUUGCGCUACACUCUUCAGUCAAUGAGACUUUAGAACAUAUCUUGUUACAUGUUCGAGACACGGCCAAUAGAUUUGAUCUUGGCAUAAAGGUUCUCAGUGGACGUGACGCCACAGAAGACAACUCAGUGUCACUAAAGCCAGAUACCGUCAACGGCCGCAUUGUCAUAAAAUUACUUGACCCAUUAGAGCCUGCCCCUAUCUCUCCAACAAUUGGCAGCGAGGUCUGGAACAUUAUUGCUGGUACUACUGUGAGCAUGUACAAGGAGAAGGCAUUUGGAGGAAAAGAAGCUAACGUCUACGUCACUCCUGCCCUGAGCACAGGAAACACUGACACAAAAUCUUAUUGGAACUUGACCAAAAAAAUCUAUCGAUACAGCGGAGGUUUGCUGAUCGAUGGCACCAAUGAACAUACAGUCGACGAAAAGAAUUCAGGUAGAUCCUUAAUCUCGAGCGUGGCUUUCAUGUACCAGUACAUUUCGAAUGUAGACUUCUACAGUACCGAGUCAUAA